UACCGGAAGAGCUCGUGCUGGAUAGGCGGAUCCCUUUCUGCUAACUUGCCUUUUUUCCGCAUUUAUUUUCAGCCUUUCUUAGCUUCCUUCCGUAUUUUUGUCACCGUCCGUUCCAAACGAAAGCACGUCUCUCUCAUUUUGUACUAUUUUUUUAUGAGACGAGUGGGUUUCUUUGAUUCUCUUUCUGCGACGACAGGAAAAGAACCCCCCUCCCCAACCCGCUAGCGACAAAGCUAACUUUUUUUUUUUUUUUUUUGCAACACUACUUUUAAGGAGCACACACACACACACAAAAUGGGCGACAAAGAUUUGACUUGGGCGCUGAACACCGGCGACUUGGAGGUGGUCGAAUCCAUGCUGGUGACGACCGAAGACGUCAACCGGACCCUGGAUGGCGGCAGGAAGCCCUUGCACUACGCCUGUGACUUUGGCCAGACGCGCGUAGUGGAGUUCCUCCUCUCCAAGGGAGCAGAUGUCAACGCCCCCGACAAACAUGGCCUCACUCCAUUGUUCUCCGCUUGCCUCGAGGGCCACGCCGCCUGUGUCAAGGUCCUGCUAGAAAAGGGCGCCGACAAGGAUCAGAAGGGUCUGGACGGCAAGAGAGCCUUCGAGGUGGUCAGCGACGACGCCAUCAAGGCGCUGCUCAAGUGAGGGUGGGUGGGGGGCGCCGCAGGCUGGCGUCGCGGGGUGGGGGGGGGGGGUGGCACGAAACCAGGUGGUUUCCCCCUUACCGCUUCUGUCUAUCUCCGGAGGGCUCAUCUUACCUGUUUAGCGGUUUUCUUCUUGUCCCACUCUUAACAGGAUGUGGUUUCCUCUCUCCGUCUCUCUCUCGCUCCUUUUUUUUUUGUUUAUUGCCAUUUAACGGGAGGACCGAUGGAGGGUGCGUGCUCAAGUCGCUCCAAUGAAACACAAAGCUUAGCACGUAAAUGAAAGUCACCCUUAAACGUGAUGCUGUGUUAUAAUUCCCUCUGCAUACUGAAUUGUACAAAGGAAUGUUAGGGCCACACUGGACAGAAAUUAUUAAUAAUAUGACAAUGAAAUCCUAUUUUUAGAUCAAAAAGUAGUAAUUUUAGGCGUAGUAAUUUUUUUGUAUUAAUGUGAGAUUUAAGUCAACUAAAUAAGACUUACUAAUAUGAGACUUUUUUUUUUUUAAUUCUCAGUUUUGUUUUUUUUCAAAAAUAUGCAUUAGGUAUAUUAGAAUUGACGUUUCUCCCCCAAAAAUACUGUAUUUGAAAAACCUUGAAAUGUUGACUUUGGGCCCUUUUUCUUCUUGAAAAAUACACGCUAAUUAUCAUUAAAAAACAAUUCUUCGGAAAAGAUUGGCUUUUUGCGGUCCCCCCCGCACAAUUAGGACUUCAUUUUCUUACACGUUUUCUUUUUCGGUGUGGCUCCAAAAGUCCUUUGUAGAAUUGCACUGUACAAAUGUUGACUAAGAAAGUUUUUUAAGUAACUCAACUGCUCCCACUUCCCAUAAAGUUCCUUUUUGUAUCGCUUACAUAUCCCGUAGUAUUUCCUGUGUCCAUUGACCAAUCACCAUGCUGGCUAACAACAACUAGGAGCACUUGAAUGUUUUUUGGGCGGGUUGGGGAAGUCACGCUAACAUCGAAAACUAGGCGGCUUUUUUACAAUGUUUGUUUUGCAGCUUAGAUAGUAAACUGGAUGGUGGGGGGUGCACCGCCGUAAUAUUUUCAGAACCCCGACCCUGAAUAGUGGCCAUUUUUCUUUCCCCCUCCUCGGAUUUGCUUUGGCUGCAUGUCAAGUCUGCUUGGACGCCAUCACGCCGUCGCUCUCUUUCUCGGUUCAAUUUAAACGAAUAACUGCUAGCCACAAAGUUACUAUUUAAAAAAAAAAUACAAAUAAAAAUAAAAAAAAGAGCAAACAUUCUCGCUGACUUUGUUGUGACAAAAAGUCUGUAAAAACAAGAAUAAAAAUGUCCAUAAACGUUCA